AUGGGUAAUGUGGUGAACAAAGAUGUUGAUACGCCAGCAGUUUUAAAGGAUGUAAGUUGAUUUUAUUUGUUUUAUGUUGAUAUUUAGGCAAAAUUUUAGGUUAUGAGAUGAAGUUUCAAAGCUUUUUUUGAUUUUCUGUGAAAGAUGUCAUGUGCAAUAUACUUUUCGAUAUAAAACCUUGGAAGGUGUUUCAAUUAUUCUAAUUUUCGUUAAAAUACCUUGCUUAAUAUCUUCUAUAGCUAAUAUAACUAAUUUAAACUUACAGGUCAACGAUUAUCCGGUAGUAAUGUACACAAGACCAUCAUGUGGGUAUUGCAAACUGGCGAAGGAAAUAUUGCUAGAAGAAAAUGUGUUAUAUCGAGAGAAGGACUUGAAUUUGCAUAAAACAAUGCAUCCGGAAGAUGGAAUGGUAAGUUUUCAUGUUCUUUUCAUUGUUUUAUGUUUAGAAAUACAUAAAUGGAUUGAUAUACCAUACCAGAGUUACUACAGUGCCGCAGAUCUUUAUUUGUGGGGAAUUUAUUGGCGGUAAGUUUGUGAAAACGAUCUUUAUAGUUUCGCUAAGCUUUGAAAGAAGUAAAAUGAUGUGAUUUGUGUCUUUUCAUGUUGUAAAGCAUAUUUUACAUUAAUUUUCGACUAAACAUAGCUUUUCUCUGAGUUUUUCCGCAGUUAGCGAAAAAUUGGGCGCAGUUUGCGUUUUCUUGUACUCUACGUGCGUUUUUGUAAUUUAUUACGAAUUUUAGGCUUCACGGAAUUGAAAAAACUGCGCGAAGAGGGAAAACUAUGGUCCACGAUUGCCAAAUGUAAAGAUCAAUACGAUCGGAAGCCAGUUGUCGAUGUUCCAUGA